GGAGCCAGGGAGGGCGGGAGUUUAGGCUGCGCCGACCCCUCAGCCCCCCUCCAGGAGACGUUCGGAGCCCAGGACAUGUCGGGAUUGAGGAGAUACGAGGUGGCGCUGGAGGCGGAGGAGGACCCCGCCCCGCCCGGGCCGGCUCGGCCUUCUCUCUGCAGGAUCUACUGGGGUUGCUUCUACUUUUUCCCCUGGCUGCGCAUGUGGCGGAGGGACAGGAGCUCGGCGCAUCCCCGGGAGCAGAAGCUGGAGCCUCUGCGAGGCCUGAUGAGCUGUCUGUCAAGCGGCCUGGGCCCUGCCCCCCAGCGCUCGGGUCGCGGCCUCCCCCGCCGCACCCCCACCGCCACUGCCCAGCCAGCCGGUGCAUUAAAGAUUUAAACCGAA